GCACAUCUCCCGUUUCAGAAGUGUCUGUAACUUUUAGCCCUUCGUAUUAUUUAGUGCUCAAGCAACUCGUAAUUCAGUUUCAAAAAGGUUGCUGACUUCCUGAUGUCCAGUACAUCCUUAUAACCUACUGUUCUUAUACUGCCCCCACGAGGCCAAAAGGGGCAGCAACAUAAACACUUUUCAUUUGAUGAAGUGUGACGUAAAAUGUUUCCGUCUGUUUUAAUUCGAUUAAUUUCCCAAGCCGCUUAUCUUAACAAGGGUUGCGGGAGUGCUGGAGUCUAUGUCAGCUAACUUCGGGGGGAAAAAAAGGAAACUACACCCUGAGCUGGCACGAGCACGUGGAGCUCUGGUGAGGGCAGCGGUACGGCGUGCACAAGUGGACUUUGAGGAGGUCGUCAAAGAGAUUGACGGCACUUUGACCCACUUGGGGUGGAGGGACACCAUCAUACCCACCCCCCACUUCACAGACACGGAUGGUCCCCUACCCAAGAAGUGUCCAGGACCACAUGCCGGCGCCUGCUCACAAAACGCAGCAGUGGCAGAUGCAGGUCCAUUGUCUGAAGGAAAAGGAGGAGGUGACCGUCUGAAUACAAUAGAAGCGCAAAAAGACGGCUCAGGAGUUGAACAACAAAGCAGUAGCGUUCUCGAAGCAGGUCAAAACCUGAGCUCUGAUGAGGUUUUGGAGAGCACCAUGGACUCCACCUCCAUCUGGACUAGCAUGGACAGUCUUCCCCAUAAAGGUCUGCUACGGUACUGCUCGGCCCAAGAGGUGCCCCCUGAUCCCGAGGCCCUCCGUUGCCAAAGAGACGCCCUGACCAUGGAGCUGCUGUGGCUGCAGCAGGCCAUUGACAGCAGGAAAAAGUACUUGUCUCUGAAGAACAAACUGAGCAUGGCUUGAAGCGAACUUGGCUGUCUUUAUCAAUACACCGACAAUGAAUUGCUUACACAUUUUUUUAUACAGGCAAAAUGGUUCAACUGUAUAUUUUGUAUCAUAUUGUAUUUUUUAUAUAAAAAAUAAAUAUCUAUUUUCCGACAAUGGU